AUGGCGGUCACGAACACGACUGAAUUGGAGCGAAUGGCGAGUGAGAUACCUGAUGCAGUGGCAAGCGCGAACACUGGCCUCGAGAAGUAUCAAGUGCGUGAGGCGGCUGAUCUCGAUAAGCCGAGGCACAUGUCGACUUUGCUGAGAGAAUCAUCAGCAUUACCAGUUUAG